UACGUAACUAAGUACGUAGUCCAGUCCAGCGUGUCUGUUUCGGUGAGGACUGAGUAGUGGCUCUGCGUCCUGAUUAAGUGUUUAUCCUGCUUCCUGCCUGCAUGUGGCGGAUUGCACGGUGCCGUCGAUGUGGAGGCAGUGCGUGAUGUCUUAUGGAAGGUGGUGUGUGGACAGCAUGGCAGCGGGGGGGACGCUUGACACGUGAGGGAAUCCUGCAAACAGCACGGCGGGAAGGACGAGAGUUGAGGACUGCCUCACAGCUACUCUCCUGAGAUCUACACACAACUGCCCUUACAGAAAGAAGAAGAAAACAGUAUGAAUGUUCUCCUUGUGUUAGCAGUUGUGGCAGGCGGGUGUGUGUAUGCUUUACCGCCUCAACACACUCACCACCACCCCAACUUCCUGGAGACCUCACAGAACACUACCUCAUACAUCAAGGGGAAGGAAACACAGGUCCUGACUUAUCAAGAAAAGUCUGAUGUCAAAGGAAAGGAAGCAACUGUGGUGCAUGAUGAUAAACUUGCAAGUCAGGACAAAUCACACAACACUCCAGACAACCACAUUAGAUCUCAUUAUGUCCCAAGGAACACUGAAGCCAGAAUUCUUGAUAUGAACAGGAGAUACCCAAGUCGAGGAAAGCUGAAGACUCUGCCAGACCUGACGAGGCUUAGCAAGGAAGGCACCCCACAGACCAACAACACAAAGACCAAGGAAUGUUCAUUUGCCUGUCCUCAAGCCGAGAGCAUCACGCCCUGCACCUGUGAUCCAUGUGCCCGUGCCAUCAACUGCUCCGUUGUGGCUUCUUUCCAGCAGCUGUUCACCAUUUUCCACACUGCAGCAUUCCCUAACCCAAGGUUUGAGUCCUUUUUGCUGGUGUCUCCCUUAUUGAAGAAUUUCAAAGGUAGUUCCCGCUCAGACACCUUCCUUGCCAACACCUUUGGGGAUGUCUCCUUCACCAGCAUAUGGGUGGAGAGCAUGACAUCCCUCACAGUUGUGGAGACUGGGGCAUUCAAGGGCAGUGAAGGCACUCUCACUAAUCUUGUCUUCAGGUGGAACUAUGGCCUCACCCACUUCCCCUUUGAUGAGAUUGCUAAGAUGGAAGUGCUGCAGAAACUAGAAGUAUCAGGGAGCAGCUUCACCACCUUGCCAGCCUUUCCUUACAACCCACACCUCUCCAGCCUUUUCUUGGAUGACAAUCGUAUCAAUACCAUUCCUCCUCAGAUAUUCUCCAAACUCUCCAACCUUAUGUAUCUGGACUUGGCAUACAACAGCCUGUACAUGCUGAGUGAGGACAGCUUGAACUUCUCAUCCCAAAAUGUAAUAGCAUUUCUGGACCACAAUGCCAUUACAUACAUUGAUGAGCGUACCUUCAGUGGACAACAGCCUAUCCUUCUUGAUGUCUCCUAUAACCACCUUAAAGGCCUGGACCAAGGUGUCUUUCAGCCUGUACUGGACAACAUCAUUGACAAUGACGAUGACAGCUACGUGGACGCCACCAACAACCCUCUCCAGUGUCCCUCCAUAUCAUGGGUGUUGGAGGACUCACUGUACCUUUACUUCCUGGCCUUACCUGAGCCCCCCUGCACCCCUGCAAGUUGAAGUGGCAAUGUGAUGCUAGUUAUGAUGAUCUUUUAAGUGCUUUGUGAUGCUGUAAGUGAUCCUCAUGAUGUGCAAGUGGAAUGCUGGAUUUAUUGAGUAAUCUAGGUGAUAUGAUUAGUGACCUUUUGAAUGUUGUUGUGGGUGGUGCAAACUGCUUUGAUCUAUCCUCAGUGACCUUUUAGAUGCUUCAGUGGUCUGUGCACCUUGUUAUUGAGAUCUAGAUAGCUUUAGGUUUUAGUUACAACUAGUGACUGCCUGCCCUGUGUAGAACUUGUGUGGAUGCUCUACAAUAAUCUUGUAGUAGUUGUUUCUGUGAUAACUUAAGUUACUAGUGAUUGUGCAUGAAAGUAAUGUCCAGUAUUAAUGUCUCCAACAUGUCUUAGCUGACUCACUGACUGUUCUUGCAAACCUACAUUUGGAUUGCCUACUACUGUCAUGUAGGAGUCCCUCCCUGUGGAAACCCUGAUAACAUCUCUCAACCUAGGGUUCAAGAGGGAAGUCUUUGAAGUGUAUACAACUGACUUCUCAAGAUACAUAUUCAAAGAUUUUAAGUAACAUUUUAAAACCUUGUACAAAACUGCUGCAUCUCAUUAUAAUUUGUUCAUGGUUACCAGAUUAUGUUCCACUUUCAGCCACAUAUAAAACUAGUUAUUAGGAAAAAUGCUUACAAGCCACACUUCUUGUAUAGUGGGUGUGGAGAUGCAUACGUCAGUUCUUGAUAAUAACCUCAAAAGGCGGCUCAGCAACUGAAAGGUGAGCCGCCACUUAUAUUAGAGCGUCAAACAUGGCAUGUGUAGGAUUUCGAUUUGAGUGUGGGAACAUUUUCUUUUGAACUAUCAUCCUCAAGUCGCGUUCCUUAUUAACCUCUCAGGUCUUAACACUGGCUGGUUAUGGCAGUUUGAUACUUGCUAUUUUAUUUUCGUAAUUCUAGAGUACAUUGAGCAAAAAUAAAACUCCAGAAGUGAAUUACUCGAUGUUCACUUUGUUGCAAGUGCUGUCUGGAGAGUAUAAUAAUAAAGAAACAUAUUUCGUUUUAUCAAUCACAAAGGGGUAUUAAAGUCUGAUGUGUCGCACUACUCUGAUGCACCUCAGCUCGCGGCGCCUCACGAUUGUUAUCGCUUGCCGUGCCACGUUAAUCGCGCUUCGUUUCCAGUAACCUUCACUAUCAAGGAGAGUUAUUACUAUAUAAUGCUAAGAAAUUCAGUUUGACAGCUCUUCUUGUUACUGUAAUGUCAGUCUUAAAAAUAUAUACGGUGAUUGUCA